AUGAUCUCUGCCGGCGAUGCCGAGUUCCCGCGGGAUUACCACACGCUGGCGGCCCGGCGGUUCCCCGACAACGCCAACGGGGGGUUCACGUCGUCCUCGCUGGACCGCCGGCACAACUCGGUGGCCGCCAAGAGCCUGGAGGCCCUGAACAGCAUCCACAAGGCGGACAUCGAGCGGCAGAGAGACGCCCUGAUGGACCUCCAGAAGACCAAGUUCUCCAGCAGCACGGGGGGCCUGUCGCAGGGCGCCAACAACGCCGCCGCCGCCGGACGGCAGCAACAACCAAACUACUGGAGCUUCAAGACUCGAACCCCCCGCGCGACGCGACUCAGCCCGACUCAGCCGGCCCUCGCCGACCAGGCCAGCAGGGUUUCCUUCGCGUCGGCCGAGAACCUGGGCACCAUGUCGGAGCCCGACGCGCCCGCCGGCUUCAACCGGAUGAACCGGCUCCGCCAGAGCCUGCCGCUGGCGCGCUCGUCCAGCCAGGCCAAGCUGCGGGCGCCAGGGAUCUUGUUCCUCCAGCUCGGGGAGGAGACUCGGAGGGUCCACCUGACCCACGAGCUGACCAGCCUGGACACGCUGAGGGCCCUCAUCGUGCACAUGUUCCCCCAGAGGCUCACCAUGGCCAUGCUCAGGUCUCCGAACACAGCUCUGCUGAUCAAAGACGAGACCCGGAACGUCUUCUACGAGCUGGAGGACCCGCGGGACGUUCAGGACCGCUGCGUCAUCAAGAUUUACUGCAAAGAGCCCAUCUACGGCACCUACCCCGGACACCAGCACCCCCACCUGGCUAACGGAGACCUGCGGAGGGAGAUGGUCUACGCUCCUCAGGACUCCUCCCCCAACCGUCGCCUCAGCAACCCGCACAUGUCUUCGCAGCACUCGUCUUCCUCCGCCUCCCCUCAGGGCUCGCCGUCCCGCGCCCGCCUCCUCUACAGCGGCGGCAGACCCUCCUCUUACGCCGGGCCGCCCCACCACACCCACUCCCUGCCGCACCCCCACCAGCACCCGCACUCCCAGUCCCACCACUCCUCCCCCCACCACACGCACCAGCAGCAGCAACAACAGCAGCAACAACAGCAGCAGCAACAACAACAACAACAACAACAACAGCAGCAGCUCCUCCACCAGCCCCAUCACGCCCAGCAGGCCUUCUGCACCUCCUCCAGCGCCAUCCUGGAGCGCAGGGACGUGAAGCCCGACGACGAGGUGGGGGGGUCCAGGAGCAUGGUGCUGCUGCGGGGGGACGAACGCGGGAUCUACGCGGACCCCUACUCUCUGGGCCCGGACCCGAGUCGGCUGAGUCUGGCAGGAGGUCCUCACUCCCCUCUACCGGCCAGAGCGGACCCCUACGGCUCCUUGUAUCGGCGUGGAGGAGGAGGAGGUGGAGGAGGUGGAGGAGGUGCUGGUGGUGCUGGAUCAAUGCGUUCGCUCACCUCCUACACGGCGGCCGCUUUACAAGGAGAGCUGAUGGAAAGUGGCGCCCUCUACAGGGCAGGAGGGCCGCUCUACAACGACGCCUACGCGGCGUCCAUGUUGGCCAUGGGGCUCCGGGUGCCCCCGCCUUCCUCCCCGCAGAAGACCCCCGACAUGAGGGAGUCCUACGCCGGCACGCUGCCCGGCCGGGGCUCCCCCGGGAGGCAGAGCCUGAGGAGGGACUCCGUGACCUCCUCCGUGUUCGGGGACAGUCCCAAAGCCCGGGUCCAGGGCCAGGGGUUGGGCCUCACCUCGGAGCAGCUCUGCUUGAUGGCCGGUCCCGGAGGGGAGGGGGGCGGCGCCGGAGGCUUCGGGUCGCCGCUGCCGGGAAAUGAGACCGAGACCAGGGAGCGCAUGGAGGCCAUGGAGAAGCAGAUAGCCAGUCUGACGGGGCUGCUGCAGAGAGUGCUGAGCAGAGCGCCGGAGGCCGAGAGCCCGGAGAAGAUGGAGUCGGCCAGUGACUGCUCAGGAACUGACACUCCGACUCCGUCCGCCCCCUUGGCCCUGAUGCCUCCUCCGCCCUCGGGGGCCCACCAGCCCGUCGCCGUGUCCCGCCUGCAGAUGCAGCUCCACCUGCACGGCCUCCAGCAGAACACCAACGCACUGCGCCAACAGCUGUCGCAGCUACGCAACAUGCAGCUGGAGAACCAGGACUCGGUCUUGUCCCUGCUUAGGCAGACCGAGUCCGAGCUGAGCCUCAUGAUGCUGGACGCCAUGCGCACGCAGGAGGACCCGCUCCAGAGACAGCGCCUCCUGGUGGAGGAGGAGAGGCUCAAGUACCUCAACCAGGAGGAGCUGCUCAUCCAGCAGCUGCACGACCUGGAGAAGUCGGUGGAGGAGCUGCAGAGGAACUCGUCGGUGAACCACGGCCUGGUGACGGAGCAGGAGGUGGAGCAGAAGAGCAAAGAGCUGAGGAUGCUGGGAGAGACGCUCACCGAGCUCAAGAACCAGUUCCCCAGCCUGCAGAGUAAGAUGCGGGUGGUGCUGAGGGUGGAGGUGGAGGCCGUGAAGUUCCUGAGGGAGGAGCCUCACCGGCUGGACGCCCUGCUGAAGCGCUGCAACACCAUGACCGACACGCUCAGCACGCUGCGCAGUCUCUUGUAUCCGUCCUACAUGUACAGACAAGUGACGGAGGGCGGGUGGAGGGGCCCCGACGACCUCGCCGGCCAAUCGCAGAAGAGAUCGGAGGACGGGGGCCGCGGCUCUGACCUGGAGGUCCUGAACAGCCCCCCCCUCAGCCUGGCCAACUGGAGGCCCGCGAGCGAGGCGGACUCCUCGGGCCCCGAGCAGGACCCCCAGCCCCCCUUGACCUUCAGGAACCGGGUCCUGGACGAGCUGCCGAGUCGGCGUCCCGGCGAUAAGUCGGUGUCGGCCGAAGUUCGACUGGCGGCGGAGCGGGACUGGGAGGAGAAGCGGGCCAGCUUGACCCAGUUCAGCGCCCAGGACAUCAACCGGCUGCUGGAGGAGACGCAGGCCGAGCUCAUGAAGGCCAUCCCGGACCUCGACUUCGCCGCCCGCCACAUCAACAAGCCCGUGGUGCCCCCGAAGCCCCAGAUCACCGUCCCGAUAACCUCCGGUGCGGCGGCGGCGGCUUCCCCCGGGACCACCGGGACCACCGGGACCCCGGUAGGCUCCGCCUCCUCCACGCCCGGCGGGGACCAGCAGCCCGGCAAAGUGCAGCUGGCCGCCCAGAAGCUGAACAGCUUGGAGGGGGCGGGUCUGCAUCGCGGGUCGGUGGACCUCAACGUGACCCGGUACCGCACGGAGAAACCCUCCAAGUCUCCGCCGCCGCCUCCUCCUCGCCGGAGCUUCCCGUCGGCUCACGGCCUCACGACCAACCGCACGGGAGACGUCAUCGUCACCACCAAGAACAGCAAGAUGGAGGAGGACCUCGACAUGCCGAAGACUCUGGUGAAGCUGAGGCGAACCCCGUGCGACGCCCCCCGACCCGCCUCCACGCCGCCGGUGAUCACGGCGUCGGCGCUUUACGACGACGACGACGACGACGAGGAAGAGGAGGAGAAGAUCUUCGCAGAGCUGGAGAUAUUUCAGAGACCGCCCGUAAAAGGUUGUAGUAGUCGGCUGGGCGCCCUGCCGCAGGCCGCCGCCCCCUCCUGCACCUUCGGGUCCUUGGGCAGAAAGAACAGCAGCAGCUCCCCGGGGCCGAUGAAGGGCCCGACCGUCGCCGCCCGGCUCAAACACCUCCAGCAAGGCAGCCUGGAGCGGCCCAAAGCCCGCAAGCAGAAAGAGGACUUCCCCAAGGCCGCGGGCCAGCAGCAGGUAUUCCACUUCUAG